GCACACACGGACCGCUUUGAGGAGUUGAACAGGCAGCUCGGACGAAAAUGGCACAGCGCGCGGUUUUGUUUCUACUGUGGCUCGUGGACGGAUCCCUCGCCGGCUUCCCCAAUCAGAUUAAUAUCGGGGGACUCUUUAUGCGCACCACGGUCCAGGAGCACAGCGCGUUCAGGUUCGCUGUCCAACUCUACAACACAAACCAAAACACCACUGAAAAGCCUUUCCACCUCAACUACAACGUUGACAACCUCGAGUCGUCCAACAGCUUUUCGGUCACCCAUGCGUUUUGCUCCCAGUUCUCACGUGGAGUCUACGCCAUCUUCGGAUUUUACGAUAAGAAGUCCAUGAACACACUGACGUCGUUCUGUGGAGCUCUGCACACCUCCUUCGUCACACCCAGUUACCCCACAGACAACGAGGUGCAGUUUGUCAUCCAGAUGAGACCUGCUCUGCGCGGGGCCGUGCUCAGCCUGCUGUCCCACUACAAGUGGCAGAAGUUUGUCUACCUCUAUGACACGGACAGAGGUUUCUCCAUCCUGCAGGCCAUCAUGGAGGCGGCUGUGGCUAACAACUGGCAGGUGACGGCGCGCUCGGUCAGCAGUGCCACAGACGCAGCAGAGUUCAAGCGCAUUAUUGAGGAGAUGGACAGGAGGCAGGAGAAGCGUUAUGUCAUUGACUGUGAGGUGGACCGGAUCAACACCAUACUGGAGCAGGUUGUGGCCCUGGGGAAGAACAGCCGUGGUUACCACUACAUUCUGGCCAAUCUGGGAUUUACCAAUGUGAGCCUGGACAAAGUCUUCGCUGGUGGAGCCAACAUCUCCGGGUUUCAGAUAGUGAACCCUGAGAACCCCAUUGUACAACAGUUUAUGCAGCGCUGGGAGCGGCUGGAUGAAAGAGAAUUCCCCGAAGCCCGGAACACUCCUCUGAAGUACACCUCGGCCCUUACCCACGAUGCCAUCCUGGUGAUCGCAGAGGCGUUCCGGUACCUACGGCGCCAGCGUGUGGACGUGUCCCGGAGAGGCAGCGCCGGGGACUGUCUGGCCAAUCCCGCUGUACCCUGGAGCCAAGGCAUCGACAUCGAGAGAGCUCUCAAAACGGUGCAAGUGCAGGGGAUGACGGGAAAUAUCCAGUUUGACAACUACGGGCGCAGGACCAACUACACCAUAGACAUUUAUGAGAUGAAGACAGGUGGGCCGAGGAAGAUCGGGUACUGGAACGAAUACACUCGAUUUGUUAAUAUUAUGGACCCGCAGGUCUCCAACGACUCCUCAGUGGAAAAUCGAACGAUUGUGGUCACUACUAUUAUGGAAGCUCCUUAUGUGAUGUACAAGAAAAAUUAUAUGCAUCUGGAGGGGAAUGACAGAUAUGAAGGCUACUGCGUCGAUUUAGCAUCUGAGAUUGCCAAACAUGUUGGAAUUAAGUACAAACUGUCUAUAGUAAUGGAUGGAAAGUAUGGAGCCCGUGACCCCGAGACCAAGACGUGGAACGGGAUGGUGGGUGAACUGGUCUAUGGGAGAGCAGAUAUAGCAGUUGCGCCUCUCACCAUUACACUGGUUCGAGAGGAGGUGAUAGACUUUUCCAAGCCCUUUAUGAGCUUGGGCAUCUCCAUUAUGAUAAAGAAGCCGCAAAAGUCCAAGCCGGGAGUGUUCUCUUUCCUGGACCCGCUGGCCUAUGAGAUCUGGAUGUGUAUAGUAUUUGCCUAUAUCGGGGUGAGCGUGGUUCUGUUCCUGGUGAGCCGCUUCAGUCCGUACGAGUGGAACCUAGAGGAGCAGGAUGAGACUAAAGACCCUCAGACUCCUCCAGACCCUCCUAAUGACUUUGGCAUCUUCAACUCACUUUGGUUCUCCCUGGGUGCCUUCAUGCAACAAGGCUGUGACAUCUCACCAAGGUCUCUGUCUGGUCGCAUCGUUGGCGGUGUGUGGUGGUUCUUCACCCUCAUCAUCAUCUCCUCCUACACGGCUAACCUGGCUGCCUUCCUCACAGUGGAGAGGAUGGUCUCUCCCAUAGAAAGUGCAGAGGAUCUGGCCAAGCAGACUGAGAUAGCAUAUGGCACUUUAGACUCAGGGUCUACAAAAGAGUUUUUUAGGCGAUCCAAAAUAGCAGUGUAUGAGAAGAUGUGGUCUUACAUGAAAUCCGCUGAACCUUCAGUGUUUGUAAAGACCACUCCGGAUGGCGUAGCCCGAGUGCGAAAGUCAAAGGGCAAGUUCGCUUUCCUCCUGGAGUCCACCAUGAACGAGUACAUCGAGCAGAGGAAGCCCUGUGACACCAUGAAAGUAGGCGGGAACCUGGACUCCAAAGGCUACGGCAUCGCCACGCCCAAAGGCUCCGCAUUAAGAAAUGCUGUUAACCUGGCAGUUUUAAAACUGAAUGAGCAAGGCCUCUUGGACAAAUUGAAAAACAAAUGGUGGUACGACAAGGGAGAGUGCGGCAGCGGGGGAGGUGACUCCAAGGACAAGACAAGCGCUCUGAGCCUAAGCAAUGUGGCAGGGGUCUUCUAUAUUCUGGUCGGAGGGCUGGGGCUUGCCAUGAUGGUAGCCCUCAUAGAGUUCUGUUAUAAAUCACGACAAGAAACCAAAAGGCUCAAACUGGCCAAGAACGCUCAGAACUUUAAGCCGACUCCCCCGACCAACACCCAGAACUUUGCCACAUACAGAGAAGGCUACAACGUCUACGGAACCGAGAGUGUAAAGAUAUAGAGGUUGAGGACACAUUUCAUUGUCCCUUACUACUGUGACUUACCAUGUACUGUACAAAGGACAGAUCAGCGGGGACAGAGCUGCAGGCUCAGAGUCCUCUCGCUCGGACAACAGCACGAUAAUCUGCAGUGAUGACACGACAGACUGGUCAAGGGAAGAGCCUUUUCUCCUCAGUGCCUUAUGGAACUCUGAGUCCAAUCAAUGCAACUCAUACACAACUCAAAUUGCUUUUUUGCUUGAAAAAAAACACACAAAGAAACCAGAAGAAAGAAGCAGUGAUUUAAAAGAGUCCAACAUUGACUGAGAAUGAACUAAAGCCAUCAUUUGCAAUCCUAAGCACACUUUGAAGUGCCAUAGAAGACAAAUAUUAUAUAUGUGGAAUCAAUUUGUUGUUCUCAUUAUGAUCUGAUAUUCCUCAUCUUUCGGCUGUCAGAUUUUCUCUGGUUCUAUGUCUUUCUGUACGUUUAUUAGACCUACUGCAGUGCACUGUAUAACACUGGGUAUUAUAACGCUAGCUUUUAUACUGUUAUGGGUCACUUAUAGUGACUGUGUUCCACUUUUAAGAUGCAGACAGACCUUCAGAGAGAAACGCCCAAACUAUGUUUGUAUUCAAAUGGUGCUGCUGCUGAUGAUCUCCACACAGAGCAGGACAUGAGUUGUACUUCCAAUACUGCCAGGAGAAAGUCUGUGACACCAGGGUGUUUAUGUUUAAGUUCUAUCUGUUUGUGAUUUGCAGUUUGUAAAAUAAGAAGGACAAAAUUAAGACACUCCCUGAAGUCAAUAGUCUUCUGUAUAUGACGGCAACCAAACCAAGGUAACUCAAUUGUACAUGAACUGAAGCCCAUUCAAGGACAGUAGCGCUCAGAAUCUCCAGUAUUAUGAAUAUCUACUAUUUUCUUCAAUAACUGCACAUUUAUAGCCAACCGUGGUUUACUUUUCAUUUCACAUUUUUUAUGAAGCAUUACCGUGUUUGGUGACUUCACUUAGUAACUAAAAAAUAAACAAAUAUAAUAUAUUAAGAAACAGGGAAAAUCCUGAAGCUUAGCACAUUUCCAUAUUGCUGUAAUGUUUUCUUUCCAAAAGACUGUGAUUUCAUAGGAUUUAGAAAGAUUAUUAUAAUAACCUAUGAACAAAUAGUUUUCUAUUCAAUGAUAAUGUGAAGCAAAAGAGCUGAAACUGUGUACAUUUACAUGAAUUAUAUGAAAAUGAUCUAUUCUUUUUCUUUUGUUGAGAAACUGCAUGUGAAUCAGUGAUGCUUGACAAGCUUUUUACUCACAGCUGACCUUUAGGUUAAAGCUAGAAUCAGGCCAGGCAUUUCUUUUGUAAAUCACCUCUUUUUGUAAGUCUCACCUCUGUGAAUCCGACUCACCAGGUGUAAAGUAGUGGGUGAAAACAGCCAGAUGCAUGAGCCUCAUUAGAGAGGCACUGUA